UCAUUGGAGGGCGCAACUCCAACCAAUGAUGAUGCAUGCAUGUGUGCACAUGCCACAUGAGCUUGUAAUAGUCGACACAAUUGUGAGAGCUUCACGCAAGAUCAUUUCUCCAAUUUUUGGAAUUGCAACUCACGCACAAGAUCCUUAUUGUCAUUCCGUGUUAGAAUUCAAUCAUUACAAGCACCAUGACUACUACAGAAGAUGAAGAACGAGCGGGCGACGAGGGAGUGAUUGACGACACUACCAAUAAGAAUCAUGAAAAAGCGUCUGGUUGCUCAACUGCCAAGUUGGCCGUGUUGGCGUUGGUGCUGAUGGCCUUGAUUGGCGCCAUUGUGGGUGCGGUGGUCGGGACUCGCAAAUCCAAGGACGACGAGUCGUCGGUACAGAGCAGUAGUACUACUACUCUCGAUGAUAGUAGUACUAUUACGGUGGACGAGAUUACGGCCAGUCCUGCCGAUACGUUUACUACCGUGGCUCCUUCGACUCCCACUGGUACUCUGUCUCCCGACACGGGUGCCUUGGUGACGGCCUACAAGGCAACACUACCGUCCUUUACGCAAACCAGUCUGGAAGAUGACACGUCGCCUCAAAGUCGUGCUUUUACGUGGGUGACGUUUCACCGCGACUUUACCACCAUGCCCGAUUGGCGCCGCAAUCAACUCUUGGCACUUUCCACAUUCUACUAUUCGUUUGGAGGAAAUGGAUGGGGUCGCGCCGUGCAAAAUGCCUGGUUGGACGAUACCACCAAUGAAUGUCAAUGGAUCACUCCGGCAUUUCUAGAUUCCUUUAGUGUAGGAGGAGCCGGAACUCACAAUCUAGGACAAGACAGUGUUCUGGCGGCUGGCACCACUACGGCUGCCGCUACGGCACAACUCCCCACGUGCAAUGAUGCGGGAGAAUUCCAACACCUUUCUCUGAGUCAUUUGGAUGUUCGUGGCGGCCCCAAUGCCGUCAUGCCACCCGAGAUUUCCCUCUUGACAUCGUUGGAAACCAUUGACAUUCGCAAUGGAAACAUUACCGCCGUUAUUCAAGAUUUGAUCCCUUCCCAAUUGGGCGACAUGCCCAAACUCACCACACUCGAUUUGGCCGCCAAUGCCAUUCGUGGAGAACUACCGGCGGAUGUCAUUGGCUUGUUGACCAACUUGCAGACACUCCAAUUGGGACUUAAUUCCAUCAUGGGAGAAAUUCCGUCCGAAUUGGGACUCUUAUCGUCCAAUCUUCAAGUACUGGGAUUGUCUUCCAAUCAAUUCAUGGCUCCCUUUCCCGAUGCGACUCUGGCGCAAUUGGUGAAUCUACAAGAAUUGUAUUUGAGUCACAACAAAUUUGUUGGUCCAGUCGGUGCCGGUUUUGGAAUGGCAUUGACCAAUCUUCGCAUGUUGCAUCUCAAUGACAAUUGGUUGGCGGGACUUCCGACGGAACUCGGGCUCCUCACGCAGUUGCAAGAAUUGAUUGCCGAUACCAAUCCCAUGCAGUUGCCCUUGCAUCCUGAACUGGGCAAUAUUGGAGCAUCCCUUCGAACAUUGCAUUUGAAUGGGUGUGGAUUCACUGGCGCCAUUCCCAGUGAAUUUGGACAGUUGGUUGGAUUGCAGAGUCUGCAGCUCGACAAGAAUGCUCUUGCGUCCAGCGUCCCCGUUCAAUUGGGGAAUCUCGUUCAAUUGACCAAUCUCGAAUUUACUGAUAAUCAAUUGACUGGUCCCAUCCCAUCCGAGUUUGGUCGCUUGACAGCCUUGACGUCGCUUCUCGUCGGAAACAACGGAUUGACAGCCAUGCCCACCGAACUGGCCAAUCUACAAAAUUUGGUGGAAUUGGGAGCCAUUACCAAUUGGCUAGAAGGAACGAUUCCCUCCGAGUUUGGGACCAUGUCCAAUCUCAAACGAUUAAUGUUGAGUGACAACAACCUGGGAAACACCAUUCCUACCGAGUUGGGUCUAAUGUCCGACAUGGAAUGGAUGUAUCUCAAUGAGAAUCAGUUCACCGGAACUGUCCCCACCGAGUUGGCCAUGCUGUCCAAGCUUCAGAUUCUCUUGCUCAAUACAAAUCAGUUGGAUGCUACCAUCCCUACCCUCUUGGGGAAACUGACUUCUCUCGUGUGGCUGUAUCUGCAUCUCAAUUCGUUCACUGGUGGCAUUCCUACGGAACUGGGCAUGCUGACAUCCAUGGAAGAAUUCUUUGCGAGACAAAACGCAUUGACGGGGCCAAUCCCAACAGAGCUGGGUGCCAUGACCAACAUGCACAAAUUCAAUUUGAGAAACAACCUACUGAGCUCUCGCAUUCCCUCCGAGUUGGGUCUCAUGGAGAACCUGCACUGGUUCAUUGUGAGUGGAAACGCCCACACCGGUCCCAUCCCCGAAGAGAUUGCCAGCUACCCCAACUUGUCCGAAAUGUGGCUCCAAGACAAUGAAUUGACCGGAGAACUUCCUGCCAAUCUGGGAUCCUUGGUCUCGAGCAACAACUCAUUGAUUGUCUUCAACAUUACCAACAAUCCCGGCCUUGCCGGAGAAAUCCCCGCGGAACUCUGCACCUUGGCUUCGCUGUGGUUUGAUUGCUCCGACAGUCUUUGCGGUUGCACCAAGUGUGCGUGCAACAGAUAAACGAACCGGAUCAGACAUGCAGCUCUUGUGUCUGCCGUGCCUUGUUCCGUCAAGAGGAGCUCGUAGAGGUGGCGGACAGCAAAAACGUGUCACCGCGAUGUAUCAAAAUUACAUGUACUUGACAAAAGUGAUCGCUAUUGGAGGAUCACACACUAAACGCAACAGGAUAACAGUAACGGCUACUAUUUAGAAAGGUUAAGUUAGCUC